AUGGCGCCUACGACGCCGUAUCGGCCCUUUACCACUGGCGUGCGGCUCACGCCGUACGAUAUGGACCAGCGAUAUACACAGGCUCGCGAAGAGCGCGUGGCAGAGACUGCGUUUGCUGAUGCCGCAGAGAACAGCGCGCGUGGACGACGGCCUUUCCACCAGCCCGGGCUCUUUCACAAGGAUUUGCGGCUGCUCAUGUAUGCGUACGGAGACGUGCCGAACCCGCUGCCCGAGUCGGUGAAUGUGCUUGAAGAGAUGACGGUUGAUUUUCUUGUGGACCUGUGUUUGCGUGCAGAGCCGAGUGUGUACGCCCUCGGGCUCACUGCAUCGGAUGCCGCGACGGCUGCGAUCGAGGAAGGCACAACGCCAAGCACUGCGCUUGCAGGUCAGCCUUGGGCGAUGCAAACGUUCAGGCAGCGCGCAAAGCUGGAUGAUAUGAAACAUGCGCUGCGUGACGACCGCAAGAAGCUCGGACGUCUUGAGCAGCUUUUGUACGCGGACAAGAUGGUUACAGAGGCGCGCCGCAUUGGCGGCAUCGAGGACGUUGCGAUGAGCGCCGGUGCAUUGAGCGCGACUGCUGCGCAGGAAGACGCCAAGGAAAAAAGCAAGGCAAAGGAAAAGUAG